AUGGGUGCUUUCUUACCCAAUCUUGAGGAACUCUACCUUGGGGGAAAUGAAUUCACUGGAACUAUACUAACAUCUAUCCCAAAUGCUUCUAGGCUCAGAAUGCUAGACCUUUAUACAAACCAUUUUACUGGUGCAAUUCCUCAUUCUCUUGGAAACUUGAGAUUACUGGAAACGUUUGCCAUAUCGGAAAAUGAUUUUUCCGAGGACUCGCUAUCCAAAGAGUUGAGCUUCAUCAUAUCCCUAUCAAACUGCAAACACUUAAGAAGGUUGUGGAUAGAUGCGAAUCCUCUGAAUGGCUUCCUCCCAAAAUCUAUUGGAAAUCUUUCUAGCUCACUCGAAUCCAUUUCUGCCAGUAAUUCUGGAAUCAUAAGUGAAAUUCCAAGUUCGAUUGGUAAUUUGAGCAACUUGAUAGAGCUGAGCUUUUCAAUCAAUAGUUUGACUGGAGUAAUUCCAACUACAAUCAAAUGGUUCUUGAAGCUUCAGAGGAUAGAUCUAAACCACAAUCAAAUACUAGGAGCUAUUCCAAGUGAGUUUUGUUAUUUGUUGAACUUAGGAGAAUUAAGACUUGGACAAAAUAUGCUCUCUGGUAUGGUGCCUUCUUGUUUAGGAAACGUUACAACACUCAGAUAUGUUGAUCUCAAUUCUAACAGUUUAAGUUCUAUGAUACCAACAAGCUUUUGGAGCCUCAUAUAUAUUUUGGAGCUAGACAUGUCAGGAAAUUAUUUGACAGGUUCUUUGCCUGCUGAAAUUGGAAACUUCAAGGCAAUAGUCAUUUUGAACCUUUCAAAUAAUCAAUACUUGGGUGGCAUACCUAGCACUAUUGGAGCACUACAGGAUUUGCAAGAACUCUCCUUGGAACGUAACAAGCUACAAGGAUUGAUACCAGAUUCCAUGAAGAAUAUGUUGCAGUUACGGCAUUUGGAUCUAUCUUUUAACAAUCUGGAAGGUGAAAUUCCCAACUCAUUACGGUACUAUCAGAUCUCCAAUACUUUAAUGUGUCUUACAACAGAUUGA